AUAAAAAAAUUAAAUAAAUUCAGAACAAGAACAAGCGGGAGCGAGCGAGAGAGAGAAAAAGGUACCUAGCUAGCUAAAUUCGAAUCAAUAAACAAUUUAAUAACAUUAGCCAUACAACAUUUUACACUGAUAUUUGUGCUUUAUGUUUGGAAAUAAUUUAAAACGGUACAGAAGUUUUGGUUUCCCGAUUUUAAUGAAGCUUCACUGCGAAUACACAUAAUUGGCGAAUAAAGUCAAGAUGUGUGGUGGUCCAUCAACAACAGCUGAGAGAGAAGGCCGCAAGCACCACAGCCAUUUCGGCGACCCAACAUUGAACAGAAAUGCAGUGGAGCUCCCUGCUGAGGUCUCAGUAGCGGAGAGCGAUUCAGACAGCGGGAUGGGCUCACCAGUGGAGGAGAUGCAGAUGGCUUCUGAGAUGAUUAGCAAUACUGUUGACCUGCAAGAUUCGGAUGAUGACAUGACAGUAAACAGGCGGUCCCGUUGUCGUAAGGCCUUGAGAGACAGUGACUGCGAGGAGGAGGUGCAUGAGAUGGCAGAGGCUCUGGUCCUAUCAGCAUCCAGUGGAGAUGAGAUGGAGACUGCUGAGGAAGAGGUCAAAAGGGCUAAAUUAGAGAGCAAGAAGAUGUCCCGGAUAGCCCCUGUCGACAGUGAUGAAAGCACGACAGAGUGUGAGGAAGAGCUGGUAAGAAAUCCUGUGAAACCGAAGAAGGAAGGGAAGAAAAGGGAGAAUAGCCAGCGACACCAAGAGAAGAAAGAAAAGAACAGCAAGGCUCUGGAGCGGCAGAAGAAGAGAGGGAGAAUUGAGGAGGAGACCCCUUUGCCCUGUACUCUGAAUGACAGCGGUUGUCUCCUUGUUAACAAUGACCUGUAUGAUGCUGGUCUGGAUGAUGAAGAGGAAGAGUCUCUGGAUGCCAUCAGAGCAGCAGUAAAACAAAAAGCCAAGAUGCACAAAGAGCCUUUAUUUGACGAUGAGGAGGGGGAUGAAGAGGCUGGACCGAAACAGCGUCCCCAGGAAAGGAAGGCAGCUCGAGCCGGCAAAGAGGCCAUGAAGCAGCUGCACAGUGAGACCCAGAGGCUUGUCCGUGAAUCCACAUGCGGGCUGCCCUAUCACAUGCCUGAGCCCAAGAGCAUCGACCAGUUCUUCAAGAGGAGAGCCCGACCUGAAGGUUCUGCUAUGGCACUACUCAAGUCUGCCAAGUAUCAGGACUUGAUAAAGGAGGCAACCCCACCACCUCCCCUUGAUCCACCCAAGGAGCCCCAACAGCCCCCAGACUCCCUGGACCCACACUCGACCCAGGCGCUUCCCCAGCUACCGGCCACCACCUCCACACACCAGGAGAACCAGAGCAGGGCAGGUGAGACCUCUUCAACCCCGGAUUCCGACGACGAUGAAUCCCCACUACCUGAACUGGCUGCCAUUAUGCAGGGGGCCAAUAUUUUUUUACGUUUGGAUAGUGCUGAAAUGACAUCACCAGAAUUUAUGGAGGCUGAACCACGAGAGCAGAACCAGGCAGAGGCCUCUGUCUCCCAAGCCCAAGAGAUGGAGGCGAAAGCAGGGGAUGUGGAUGUAACUCAGCCCCUACCUGCUCCCGCCAGUGUGGAGCCCGUAGCUCCACCAGUCCCCAAACCCAAGAAGGACAGGCUUGCCAGACUGAGGGAGUUGGGGGUAGAGCCUCCGCCGGUCUCCAAACUGUGUGCUGACGAUGGGUCCUUCGAUCUGGAGCCCCCUCAGGUUAACCCAGGCGUGGAGGCGCUGAAGGAGCGGUACCUACGCCACGUCCAGCCCGUGGCCCGGCCCAGAGGGGAACGCACUGUGCAGCUCAGCGUCAUCCGUAAAGACUGCAGCGAGGAGCUCCACCAAGACUUUGUAACCACCACCAUCAAGGAAGGGGAGGAGGAGGCCGCACACACCGCGCCUGGUGAGAAGCUGACCAACCUGAAGACCCGUCUGCAGCAAGCCAUGGCCGUAAAGAGACAGGAGGAUAGAGAACGGAAGGCUGCCCUCUAUCGCCUAGACAACGAGGACUGUGGCGAGGAGGAAGAGGAAAUGACGGAUUCCGAGGGGGAAGAGGGUGUAGAUGAGCUACUGGGGGAUGGCGAGGAAGAGGAUCAGGAUGAAGAUGAGGGCAGUGUGGCCCAGAGGAGUGUAAGGAGCACAUCCCCGUCAAGUUUAAAGUGUCCCUCUCCACCACCAGAUCUGCCCAACACAGAAGGAACCCUCAUGCUGUUUGCCAACAGCUCCUGCUCGCGCACCGGAGAUGGUGUAAAGAGGACAGAGCCUGGUGGUCAAGACAGUUACACAAAGAUGGAGGAGGAAGAUUCUCUGUCCCUGGCCAAGGACAACAGUCACAACAGUAGUUUUGAGCUGCAGGGCUCCAUGCUGCCGUCCUACCAGCCUGUCAACCGCAGCACCACAGGAGGCAGGGGUCUGUCAGCCAGCACCUUCCGCUCCCCCUCACCCUGCUUCUUUCGACCCAGCUUCCUGGGAUCUGCCUCCAAGAGUUCAGGCAAACUCUCCGAGCCCUCCCUCUCGCUGCCCGUGGAGGACUCCCAGGACCUGUACACUCCCCACUCCCCCGGCGAGUCUUCUGGACCCCUGGGGGCCCCGUCUCAGGGAUGCUUCUCUGUGGAGGAGGACUCCCAGCUCCUGGAUGCGGACGGCUUCCUCAAUGUGGGGCCCCGCACCGGCCCCCCGCGCUCCCACAAGAGACAGCUCCUACUCGACAGCCUCGAUGAGAACGCUAUGGAUGCUAACAUGGGGGAGCUGUUAGGAAUGUGCUCUGGGGGGUUCGGGACGGCCAGAGAGGGCAGCGUGGGGUGUCUUGGGGCCUCACAGGAAUUGUUAGGGCUGUGUUCGGGAGUGUUCCCUACCACACAGAAGGGGGGAGUGAAAGAGAGGAAGCGAGAGGGAGGGCUAGGGGCAACGCAAGAGGAUGAGCUGCUGGGGCUCUGUUCGGGAGUGUUCACUAGCGCACAGGCUGAAAGGGAGAAGGAAGGAGCGGAAGGGAGGAAGAGGGAGGAGGAGAAGAUGGAGUUGGAAAUGGACCGAGACAAUGACAUGGAUCAGCUGCUCGGCCUCUGCUCUGGGAAGUUUACUACUCAAGGUGUCUCCCCCUUGCGAUCCAACUCGAGCCCCACCCCACACUCUUCAACCGCUGAAGACGGUAGUAAGAAGCGGGUGGAGGAGGAGGAAGAGGAUUGCGAGUUUCGGCUUCUGUCAGACGAGAGCCAGAGUGAGCAACAGGACGAUGAGGAGGAUGGAGAGAACGAGGUAGAAGAGGAGAGGGAGGCUGUGUUUGCACCCCAUCAAGGAAAGAAGAAAAUGCGCAUAACAGAGUUUGUGGACUCUGAGGCUGAGCUCUCGGGUAGUGACGUGGGCAGUGAGGAUGAGGAUGACGGUGAGAAUGAAUAUGAGGAAGAGGAGCUGCUGGACGAACUGCCUUCUGAUGAAGAGCUGCAGGACCAGGUCAACAAGAUCCACAUGAAACAGGUCCUUGACGACGACAAGCGGAGACUGAGGCUGUACCAGGAGCGUUACCUCGCCGACGGGGACCUGCACUCAGACGGCCCGGGCCGAGCUCGCCGCUUCCGCUGGAAGAACAUCGAUGAUGGCUUUGACAUGGAUGGCAUGGGGGUGGAGGGGGAGGAAGAGGAGGAGGAGGAAGAGCUGGACCAGGCAGAGCUGCAGAGGCGGAAAGAGAGGCUGGAAAGGGAGCACUGGCUACGAGAACAGGCCGACGCUAAGGCCAAGAAAGAGGAGGACGAGGAAGAGGGGGACCAAAUUGGAGAGGAGGACAGCCAGUUCAUGAAGCUCGCCAAGAAACUAACUGCCAAGAAACUACAGAAGAAAGAGCUGCCUCUUGCACCCCAGGUGGAGAGAACCCCAGUUCAGAACCCCUUCCAGAGACCCUCUCAACCCACCAUGGUGAAGAGGGGCUCGUUGCUCAGCCAGCCCCCCUCCGUGCUGCAGAAGCUGGCCUGCAUCUCUGAGGGGAACCCUCUAGCCCCGCGCAACACCCGAGGGUUUGUCUUCCAAAGCCUGUCACCAGAGAAAGAGGCCUCUGCUGCGGAGGCCCCUAAAAAACAGAUGAAGAAGCGGGGACAAAUAGAGGUUUUGGCCCCGGCUGCUAAGCGGCCAUGUCGGGGAAAAGAGACACCAGCAGCGAAAGGACCCCAAAGAAGUAUCUUCUGUUACCUGGAGAACUGAGGUGCCCAACAUUGUGCCUGUUGUGCCAAUCACAUUCACAACACCCGGAGUGUGUGCUACCACAACAUUCACACUUUCUCCCAGGGCCACAUUGGCUCUUUUGGACAGCACUUGACUGACUUUGUCCUGAAUUAUUAUUAAUUUUAUAUCAUGUAAAUAGAAUGGGUUAGAUGUUUUAUUUUUUUUGGGGGGGGGGGGGUGUAAUUAAAUGUAUUUUAAGUUUAUGAAAUUAAAUCAUAUUUUAACACAUGCUUUUUUCUUUCUCUCUUUUACUCAGACAGGUUUCUUGUAGGUGAAUAGAAGUACAAUGCCUUUAGAACGUUUUCAUACCCCUUGACUUAUUCCACAUUUUGUUUUUAGUGAGGGGGGGGGGGGGGGGGAAAUCUCACCCAUCUACACCCACUACACCAUAAUGACAAGGUGAAAACAGUGUUUGCUAAUUUAUUAGAAAAUGAAAUGCGGUUCUCAUUUACAUAUGUUUUCACACCCCUGAGUCAAUACAUGUUAGAAUCACUUUGGCAGCAAUUAUACUGUAACUGUCUUUCUGGGCAAGUUUUUAAGAGCUUUCUACACCUGGAUUAUACAAUAUUUUCCAAUUUUCAUAAUUCUUCAAGCUCUGUCAAAUUGGUUGUUGAUCAUAACUAGGCAACUGUUUUCAUGUCUUGCCCAAGAUUUUCAAGCCGAUUUAAGUCAAAACUGUAGAUCGGCCCAUCGGGAACAUUCAUGGCCUUCAUGGUAAGCUAUUCCAGUGUAGAUUUGGCCUUGUGUUUUAGAGUAUUGUCCUACUGAAAGGUGAAUUCAUCUCCCAGUGUCUGGUGUAAGCAGACUGAACCGGGUUUUGCACUAGGAUUUUUCCUUUGCUUAGCUCUAUUCCUGAAAAACACCCCAGUCCUUAACAAUGACAAGCAUAACCAUAACAUGAUGCAGCCACCACUAUGCUUGAAAAUAUGGACAGUGGUACUUUGUAAUGUUUGGUGCAAAUCCAAAACACUUGGUUUUCAGGAAUAAAUUCUGCCCAAAUCUUGCUGUUUUGAAUUGUUGCAAUCAGGAUGCAUGUUUUUGUAUUUUUUAAAUUCCGUACAGGUUUCCUUUUCACUCUGUCAUUUAGGUUAAUGUUGUGGCUGAACCACAAUGUUGAUCCAUCCUUAGUUUUCUCAUCACAGCCAUUAAUUGUUUUAGUCACUAUUGGACUCAUGUUGAAAUCCUUAAACGUUAUCCUUCCUCUCCGACAACUGAGUUAGGACACGUAUCUUUCUAGUGAAUGGGUGUAUUGAUACACCAUCCAAAGUGUAAUUAAUAAUGUCACCAUGCUCAAACAGCUAUUCAGUGUCUAUUUUUUUUAAAAGUUUUUAUCAAUAGGUUCCCUUUUUUUGCAAGUCAUUCGAAAACCAUCCUGGUCUUUGUGGUUAAAUGUUUUUGAAAUCCACUGCUCUACUGGGGUACAGGGAUGAGGUCAUUCAACAACCAUGUUCAACACUGCCUGCACACAAUAAGUCCAUAGAACGUUAUGUGACUAAAGAAUGUUUACUUCUGAAUGCCAGGCUUGCCGUGACAAAGGGGUUGAAUACUUAUUGGCUCAAGACAUUCCAGCUUUUUUUCAUUCGCAAUUCUUUGCUGACAUUGGGGUACAGUGGUGGAAAAGUAAAGAUACCUUUUUAAUACACUGAACAAAAAUAUAAACGCAACCAUUUUGAUGAUUUGACUGAGUUACAAUUCAUAAGGAAAUCAGUCAAUUGAAAUAAAUUUGUCAGGCCCUAAUCUAUAGAUUUUUACAUGACUGGGAAUACAAAUAUGCAUAUGUUGGUCACAGAUACCUUUUUUUAAAUGUCUGUGUGUAUAUAUAUAUAUGUAUGUAUAUGUAUAUGUAUAUAUAUAUAUAUAUAUUUAAAAAAAAUUGAAAGGGGUGUGGAUCUGAACCAUUCAGUGUCUGGUAUGACAAUAGCACCGCCCUCGUCGCAUGGCACUACAGAGGGAUGUGAGGACAGCCCAGUACAUUACUGGGCCGAGCCCCCUGCCAUCCAGAACCUAUAUCAGGCGGUGCGAAAAGAAGGCCCGGGGAAAUCGUCCAAGACCCCCACCCAAGCCAUAGACUAUUUUCUCUGCUGCCGCACGUGAAGAGGUACCGCUGCAUCAAGUGUGACACCAACGGGCUCUUGAACAGCUUCUAUCCCCAAGCAACACAACUUAUUAAUAGCUACACGGACUGAGUUUACCUUCUAUCGUUAUUGACCUUUUGUUUCUAUGCACACACAAACACAAUCAGUUGCUCACUCAAACAAAAUAUGCACAUUUUGUGCAGGUGUGUAGUCAGUAUAAAUGUAUGUAGUUCUGUCCUUGAGCUGUUCUUGUCUACUGAUGUUCCGUAUUGUCAUUCUGUAUUAUGUUAUGUGUGGACCCCAGGAAGAGGAGCUGCUGCUUUUGCAACAGCUAAUGGGGACCCUAAUAAAAUACCACUUGCACACAA